AUGGUCCCAAACGAGGUUUUCCAAAAGUUGCUCUAUGAUCUGUUUUGUAUGUGGCACGGUGUACAACGACAUUACGAUCCUCCAAUACCUGAUAGUGAAGAGCAGCGAAUGCAAAAGGUGAAAAACUUGAUCUGUAAACUUCUCACUGAGAUUGAUGGACGUGUCAACCGAAUCAAGCAGAACAACAGUCAUCAACGUGGACAAGAUUUUUAUGAAGAAUGGACGAUGCUGACGUGGAAUGUCUUGUGCAUUACGAACCGUCUUCAGAAUAGUCUCUCUCAAGUUGUGGUUUCAAACGAGGAUAAGAUGAUCUACUCUCGUUUGAAUCAAGCUCUUGUUGAGUUGGUUAACUAUUCAAGAGACUUUCUUCCAUUCCCUUCAAGUAAUGAAAUGGAUCCAGAAUAUGUUAUGCUGAGAGACAAAAUGAAUCUGACAAUGAUGAGUCUUCACGGUUUAUACCGUCAGAUGAACUCAGCAAUGUAUCAGACUCCAGAUGACGUGGAGAACUUCAGAAUCCAUCUUCAAACAUUUGGAGAUGAUAUUCUGGUUCCUUGCCUAGAACAAUACAAGACCUUCUGCAAUAAGAAUUGUAUGACUCUCUGGUCAACAGUUCGAUCUGUUCAAGUGGAGAGAAUGAGAGAUCAAGUCAAAGAUCAUGAUUCUUCAAUUGAAAAUCUUGUUUCUUUCUACUCAAAUAUGACAUAUGUGCUGGCUGUUCUUGGUGCUCGUCUUCAAGGAUUCAGAUACGAUUUGACUGUGAAUAAGAAGUUUUUCAAUUUCGAUCCAGUCGCUCACAUGUCUGAAGCUGUUUUCGCUGCUCUCGAACUUCUGAUGUCAAAUUGUGUCUUGGCCACAGAGCCAUCAACUAGUGCUAUUUUGGUGACCAACAAUUUAUUUGCAAUGAAUUGUGGAGCAUUGGCACGAGGAGUUGUGUUCAAAGACUUUGAGAUUCAAGUAGUUUCAGAGGAAACAGCCGAACACAUUCAAUCAGAAAUGUCUCGUCAACGUCUUCUACAACAUCCUGCUCCAAUAGGAAGCGUUCCAUCUGCAGCUCUACUUGCAAUGAAACCAACAACUGGAACGAAAAGAAGUAAUGCAGCGAGUAAUGCUGAUUCAGCUAACAACACAGCUCACAAGAAAAGUGAUGUAAACAGCAAAGAAAGUGUCAUCAUAUACCCAGUCUAUAACAGUAAGAACAGAUAUUGGGCAGCUACUUAUCCUCAUCUUUUGUGUACUACGAGACAAAAAGGACGUCAAUCAGUUCACAAUUCGUAUCAAGAUUUAUCUCCAUCUGGAACAAAUACAUCAUCUUCGAACAAUGACAAACAAGGAAGUGGAAAACGUCCGAUAUUCUAUUUCCAUAUAAAAGCAACUAUGUUUUCUCCGUCUGGAAGAUUCGCCACUGCUCAUACACUAUCACUUCCAUUCACAAUCGCAACAAGAAGAAAUCAAGAUUGUCAAGUACAGAGAAUGAUGUCAUCCUACACUGCAACAAUAUUUUGGUUAUACGGAUGUAACAGUCAGGAUGGUCUUCUUUUGCAAUGGAUUGAUGGUGGAAUGCAUUGGGAUCAUUUCAAACAUUUGUUCAAACAACACUUUAAAGUGAAUGCGGACGUGCAGAGGGGUCUUAUUGACAAUGAUUUUGAACUUUUGAAGUAUAAACUACAGUGUCCCGACUGUUGUUCAGGCCAAGAUGGAGCAAGAAUCAAUGGAGUUCAACAAAUCGUCACAUUCAAGAAUGUACUGUGUCCACACCUCCGUUAUGAAUGUAACAGUACAAAUGUUCGUUUCUCAGUUUGGCGUGGAAUGCUGGAGCUUCUUCAAAUUUUCCAUGACACCAGAAACAACGUCCGCAAACUUUGGGAAAUGGGAAUUCUGAUGGGAUUCUUGGAAUUCGAAGAAGUUGACAGUCUACUGGAGAAGCACAAAUCGGCGCUUAUCAUGCGUCUUUCAUUCGUCACUGGAGGAACCAUCUGCUUCACUGUCAAAUCUCUUGCUCACACUCUGGAUGCCCGAGCCACUCGUCCAAUUCAUUUGGAGCCUCUUGAUCUGAAAAGGCUUCAACAGAAAUGUCUUCGAGACUAUCUUCGAGAUAUUGCGGAUGCUGAAAAAGUCAAAUAUCUUGUGACUGCAGAUCACGAAGUUAUGAGGAUUGAUGAUAUGCUCGAGGAGUUGAAAGAUCUCGGAGGAAAACCAGAUAGUCCAUCAGAAAGUCGAGAAAUUUCCAGUAAUAUUACUCAUAUGGGUGAUAUCGACACAAUGCAACAUAUCAAAUUCACUGCGAUGAGAAUUGCAGUUGUCACUUGUAAAGUGAAACCACCAUCUGCCGAUCAAGAAGAAAAUGAUGCGUUACGAAAUCGCUUAUCAGCAACCUUCGGAACACGAGAUGACGAAUUUCUCCGUGAAUUCGUUACACUUUCCAAUCUAUAUGGAAAAAGCAAACAAGAUUUGAUUGAUGCUCUUGAUUCAAUCCAUGACAAGUUCCAACCAGGACCAGUUCGAAAAACCUCUUCUGUGUAUGACGCAACUCGGCAGAUUCCACUCGUCCCUGCUCCGAUAUCUCACAAUAUGGGGCCACCUAUGAUCUCUCCACCUCCUGCUAAGUUGGUUCGAGCUGAGCUUCCGCAGCCGUCCGGUGCAAUGAUGCGAGUGAGCUGCUCGCCCCCGAAGCCGUCGUCCCAGUUACCAUCACCGCCACUUCCCCAGACGGUACUUCCACAUAUGUUCAACAAUGGAGUGUCAAUGAUCUACGAUCAUCAUCAACCACAUUUCCAAUAUUAA